AUAAACUUUUAAUAUUUUAAAAUAAUAUAAUUAAUAAAAGAUGUCAAGUACACAACCUUCAGAACUUUCGCCAGAUACAAAGGAUCAAAUGGAUAAAGUUAAUAGUUUUAAUCUGUCAAUGCUAAUUGGCUUAUUGAUUAUCACGAUAGCUGUGUUAAUUAUCAUGAGCAUAAUUAUGAAUAUUUGGAUAAAAAAAAAGAAAUCAAAAAUUGUGCCAUAUGUUCAUGAGAAACAUUUACCUACCGUUACAAGUAAAGAAAGUAAAACCGAUAAUCUUUUGUCAUUACACCUUUUAACUCCACCAAAACUUGUAUUUAAUAAAGAUACAACAUUACCAGUUUAUCGUAAAACUGAUACAUGGGAUCGAUAUCUUAAAAUGAUUCAAUCCCCUGCUAAAUUAAAUGAUAUUGUACGUACAAUGAAAAUUGAUCAUUCUCCUUUAAGUAAUGUUGUCAAUAACUUCCCAGAAAAUAGCGAUACAAAUGAUAAUGAAAAAAUUUCUUAUGAUAAUAAUAAUAAUAAUUGUUAUAAUCAUAUUCUUCAACGAGAGCCAUUGCAUUUACAACAAAAAACAUAUAAUCAUAAUAAUUACCAUUAUAUUUAAUUUGAAGACAAAAUAUCUAUAAUUUAAAUAUUUUUCCAUAUUUUUCAAAUCAAAGACAAUUGGAUGAUUUCUGAUUGGAUAGUUAUAUUUAAUCUUUAUUUGAAAGAAUGGU